AUGUCAAUCACGAUUGAAAAAGUGAGCGAAAUCCACACACAAAUCCCGUCUUCAAUCUACCCCGCUUUACCCUUGGCCGCCAACGACAUCCGCCUCAUCACAAUCCAAGCCAAAGGCAAUGACGACAACCCUGACAGCCUCAGUUGCUCUCUCCACGUAUCCAGCCUCAACGACUCGACACCCUACCACGCCCUCUCAUACACCUGGGGCCCGGCCACCGUCCAAGAAGCCGACGACAGGCCCGCCACCAGCAUCACCUGCAACGGCCAUGCCAUCCUCAUCACGCACAACCUUGCGGAUACGAGACAACCCAGAGCUCGCGAGCAAAAAACCGACGAUGCGGAGCGCUCGAGGCAGGUCCAGCUCAUGGCGAGCAUCUACAGCUCUGCCUUUUGCGUGCUAAUCUGGCUGGGCGAGGAAGACGACCACACGGCAAAGGCGCUACGCCUGAUACACCACCUCACGACGAUAGACGCACGACACCUGGCCAGACUAACUCCGCAAAGCAUAGCCCAAAGCCCGCUCUCACGGGAACGCGGAGGCGGCGGCGACGACGACGACAUCCUCCGCGACCCCACAUCCUGGGACGCCGUCCGAACCCCCUUCCGGCGCAACUACUUUUGCAGAUCGUGGAUCAUCCAAGAAGUCGUCCUCGCGCGCUCCGCCACCGUCCUCUGCGGCGGCCAAACAACCUCGUGGACGCACCUCGAAUCCGUCUCCCACUUCUUCUCCACCACGUCCUGGUCCUCCCACUUCUCCUCCACCAGCCUCCUGCGAGACACCACCCGGGCGCCUGCCACCACAACGUCCCCACGAUCCUAA